AUGGAUCCUUCAAGAUCUACAUCAAAUUCUCAACCAAAUACUUUUCUUUCUACAUAUGACCCAACAAAUAUUGAUAGUCCAGGCUUUGAUCCUGAAACAUAUGUUACAAAAUUAUUACGUGAAUCACGUUUAACACAAUUAAUUGAUAAAGAACAAUUAUUAACAAAACAAAUAAAAACUUUAGAUAAUGAAAUGCAAACACUUGUUUAUGAAAAUUAUAAUAAAUUUAUAUCAGCAACAGAUACAAUUCGUCAAAUGAAAAAAGAUUUUAAAACAAUGGAAGAUGAAAUGACACAUCUUAUAUCAACAAUGAGUACAAUUAAUUCAAAUAAUCGUCAAAUACAUUUAACACUCGAUAAUCGACGUCAAGAAAUACGAAAAUUAACAAGUAUACAUUUAUUAUUACAAAAAUUACAAUAUUUAUUUCAAUUACCAAAUAAAUUAAAAGAAUAUGCCGAUGAUAAUCAAUAUGAUUUAGCUGUAAAUACAUAUACAAAAGCAUUAAAAGCAUUACAAAAAUAUGAACAUGUACCAUCAUUUAAUCAUAUUCAACAAACAUGUAGAGAAACAAUGAAUACUAUACGUGAUGAACUUAAAACAAGAUUUGAUCAACAACAAACAACAUCAAAUAAUGUAGUCAAAUUAUUACUUCAAUUAGGUGAAUCAUCUGAUUAUCUUGCUCAACAAUAUCUCUUCCAAAAUAAACAAAGACUUGAACAACCAUUAGAAUUAAUGAAACAACAACUUAUUGUUGCUGAAAAUCAAUUAGGAUCAACAACUUCAAAUUCAGUUACACAACAAAUGCAUCCAAUGGAUAUUCUUGAAUUUGUUGAUACAAGUUAUAAUUCUUAUAUAAAAAAUCUUCAUGAAUUUGUUGAAUCUUAUGAAUUAUUAUUUAUACGAAAUUCAUCUAGUGCAUCUUCAUCGCCAAGUUUAGAUGAUGAAUAUAAAGAACGUUGUAAACAUUAUUUAGAAGAAUAUUUACUUGAACUUUAUUCGAAUUAUAUAAAAUUUAUUCAUGAUUUAUUUCAAUCGAAAUAUUAUGGACAAGAUGAUGAUAUACAAUUAUAUGUACGUGCUAUAGAUAGAUUUUUACGUCGUUCAUCAAGUGAUAUAUAUAAAUAUUUAUUAACUCAACAUGCAUUAGAAAAAAUGCGUUUAAUGCUUGAUACAUUUUUAAAAUUUGCUAUUGAAUGUCGUUUAAAAUUUUAUCAUUUAUAUAUUGAUCGACAUUUUCAUGAUCAAAUUAUUGAAUUAAGAAAAUCAUUAACUAUUAUUCAAACAACAACAAAUGAACAAUUACAAUCAACAUCAAUUGAAAAUCAACAAUUACAACUUAAUUUAUCACAAUGUGUUGAUAAAAUGCUUAAACAAUUAACAAAUGAUAUUAAAAUAACAUUUCAAAAUUUAUCAACAUUUCUUGAUGGUACAGAAAUGAUUGGUCAUACAGGAAAAAAGAAUUUAUUUAUUAAACAAUUUGCUACAAAUCAUGUAUGGAAUGGAUUUUUUUUAACAUUACUUCAUCGUUUAAUAACUUAUUUUGAACAUGAAUAUACAACAGCAAGUAAUAAUUCAACAAUAAUAAGACAUGAACAAUCAUCACCACCAAUUCUUUUACUUAUGUUAAGUAAAUUAAUACUUGAUUUUGAUUCAAGUUCAAUACCUUAUUUAUGUACUGUAUUUGAAGAAAAAUUUAAUUUAAUUCUUGAAAAUAAUCUACGAGGUGAUAAUCAAAAAAGUGGAUCAUCAUCAAUAGAUCGUUCAACAUUAUCAACCAUUCAAAAACAAUUUAAUAUUAUUGCCAAACAAUUACUCAAACAAUACAUUUGUUCUCAAGGUUAUACUCUUUCUCAAAUGCUUCGUAAAUCAAUUGAAACUCGUGAUUGGCUUAAUACAAUUGAACCAAGACAUGUUCGUUCAGUAAUGAAACGUAUUAUUGAAGAUUUAACUCAAAUAGAUAAACAUGUUAAAAUGCUUUAUCAUGAUCAACAAUCAUCAGCACCAAUAACAUCAUCAUCAUCAUCGUAUGGUCGUUAUUCUCAUCGUUCAAAUUUAAUUAGUGGAGGAGGACGAAGUUCUGAUGGUGGUCGUCGUACAAUAAUAAUGCCACGUAGUUCAGCACUUGAUCGAACAACAAGUGGUGGACCAGGUAGUUCAGGUGGUUCAACGGGAAAUCUUCAACUUAAUUUUCAUAAAGUAUUCAAUGAAAAAUUAGAUAUAUUUAUUGAUUUACAAUUUCAAAAAACUUCUAUUUUAUCAAGUAUAAUUAAAUUACUUUUAAAAACAUAUUUAGAAUGUAUUCGUUUAAAAACAUUUUCACGUUAUGGUUUACAACAAGUACAAGUUGAUAUUAAUUAUCUAUAUAAUUAUCUUUGGUCAUUUGUUAAUAAUGAUGAUAGAUUUAUAACAAAUUUACUUGAAGAAAUUGUUAGUAGUACAGCUAUGAGAUGUUUAGAUCCUAUUCUUAUGGAAGCUAGUGUUAUUACUGUAAUUUGUGAAGGAAAUUAA